AUGUCUGCGCCUGGUUCCAAAGACGGGAGCAAGAGGAACUCCACGGAGCUGGACUCUGAGCAUGCUCAGAGGGCCGUGGAGGCGGAGCAUCAGCAUCAGCAUCAGCAUCAGCAGCCAGUGAGGAUGAAGGACAGGCAGCGCUUCUUUGAGGAGGCCUAUCAACAGGAUGUGGAGCAGUACCUGUCCACCGGGCUCCUGCAGAUCACCGAGAGGAGAGAGCCAAUAGGAAGCAUGUCGUCCAUGGAGGUGAACGUGGACAUGCUGGAGCAGAUGGAGCUGAUCGACGUGUCGGAUCACGAGCCGCUCGACGUCUUCCUCAACUCCGGCGGAGAGGACAACAGCGUCGCCUCCCCCAUGCUAGACCCGGACACGGACUCCUCCUUCACCACGGAGAUCACGCUGCAGGUGCCGACGCAGGCGGAGCUACGCCACAAGCUGUCCUCCCUCUCCUCCACCUGCACCGACUCCGCCAGCCAGGACAACGACGAGGACGACGACGUGGUGGAGGACGAUGAGGAUGAUGAGGAUGAAGAUGAGGAUGAGGAAGAAGAGGAAGAGGAACUGCAAGGAGCGGCGGCUAGCUCUCUGGGGGCGACCCGCAGAGCAGCAAGGGGACGAGGACGAGGGACAGGCAUGGGGAACAGGAGCGUUGGCGUGGCAACCACGGGCUCGUCGUCAUCGUCAUCGUCAUCGUCAUCGUCGGGCGGUGGUCAGGUGGUGAUGAAGAGUAGUGGAGGAGGAGGAGGAGGAGAGAAGGACAACACUAAGGCUACAUAG